AUGGAGACUCGUAGAUCCAAGGCAGUCCGUACACUGACGAUCUUUCUACUGCUCAUCCAUGGCGCUCAGUCCUUUUACCUCCCCGGAGUCGCUCCUGAGGACUUCAUCAAGGGAGAUGAUUUGAAAGUGAAAGUGAACAAACUGACAUCUACAAAGACUCAGCUUCCAUACUCAUUUUACUCUCUCCCUUACUGUCGACCCGACAAAAUUUUGGACAGUGCCGAGAAUCUUGGGGAAGUACUUCGUGGUGACCGUAUUGAAAACUCCCCCUAUGUGUUUAAAAUGAGGGAGCCUCAGAUGUGCAAUAUUGUCUGUCGGUUUACUCCUGAUGCCAAAACUGUGAAGCAGUUUAAAGAGAAAAUAGAUGAUGAGUAUCGUGUGAACAUGAUCCUUGAUAAUCUGCCCCUAGUUGUACCCAUUCAAAGGCCAGAUCAGGGGGCUCCUACUGUUUACCAGCUUGGCUUUCAUGUUGGGCUCAAAGGCCAUUAUGCUGGGAGCAAGGAAGAAAAGUAUUUUAUCCACAACCACUUGGCAUUUACUGUCAAGUACCAUAAAGAUACGCAAACUGAAACAGCAAGAAUUGUGGGAUUUGAGGUUAAACCAUUCAGUGUUAAACACGAGUAUGAAGGUAAAUGGAAUGAUGCAAAGACUCGUUUAACCACCUGUGACCCCCAUUCGAAACACACUGUUGUCAAUUCUAACUCUCCUCAAGAAGUUGCGGAGAAGCAAGAAAUUGUAUUUACUUAUGAUGUAGAAUUCCAGGAAAGUGAUGUAAAGUGGGCUUCUAGAUGGGAUGCUUAUCUUUUGAUGAGUGACGACCAAAUCCACUGGUUCUCAAUUGUCAAUUCAUUGAUGAUUGUCCUCUUCCUUUCUGGCAUGGUAGCAAUGAUAAUGCUAAGAACCCUCUACCGUGACAUUUCCAAGUAUAAUGAACUUGAGACCCAGGAAGAAGCACAAGAAGAGACUGGAUGGAAGCUUGUCCAUGGGGAUGUUUUCAGGGCUCCAAAUAACUCCGACUUGCUCUGUGUAUAUGUUGGAACUGGCGUUCAGUUCUUUGGCAUGAUACUUGUGACAAUGAUAUUUGCUGUCCUUGGCUUCCUCUCCCCGUCUAACCGAGGUGGUCUUAUGACAGCCAUGCUCUUGCUUUGGGUCUUCAUGGGACUUUUCGCCGGUUAUGCCUCUGCUCGCUUAUACAAGAUGUUUAAAGGGACAGAAUGGAAGAAAAUUUCUUUCAGGACCGCAGUCAUGUUCCCAGCAGUUGUCUCUGCCAUUUUCAUUGUCUUAAACACUCUGAUUUGGGGCCAGAAAUCAUCCGGAGCUGUCCCAUUUGGAACAAUGUUUGCCCUGGUCUUUUUAUGGUUCGGGAUCUCAGUCCCACUUGUAUUUGUUGGAGGCUAUGUUGGGUUCAGGAAGCCAGCACUCGAGGACCCUGUGAAGACGAACAAAAUCCCAAGGCAGAUCCCAGAACAGGCCUGGUACAUGAACCCAGUUUUCUCGAUUCUAAUUGGAGGAAUCCUCCCAUUCGGAGCGGUUUUCAUUGAACUGUUCUUCAUCCUCACUUCAAUAUGGCUGAACCAGUUCUACUACAUCUUUGGCUUCCUCUUCUUGGUGUUCAUCAUCCUCAUCGUCACAUGUGCCGAGAUAACCAUCGUGCUCUGCUACUUCCAGUUGUGCAGCGAGGAUUACUUGUGGUGGUGGAGGUCGUACCUGACGUCGGGCUCGUCAGCGGUGUACCUGUUCCUCUACGCCACAUUCUACUUCUUCACAAAGCUUGAAAUCACAAAGCUGGUCUCAGGGAUGUUAUACUUCGGAUACAUGCUUAUUGCUUCUUACGCAUUCUUUGUGCUCACUGGUACCAUCGGCUUUUAUGCUUGCUUUUGGUUCACAAGGCUCAUCUACUCAUCCGUGAAAAUUGACUAA